CACUGUAUCACAUCACUAAAAGGCAAGCCUCUUCGUUCGAUCGAUCGAUUGAUCUCUCUCUCUCUCUCUUCUGGGUUUGUUUGGUUCUGCUCUCUAGAGAGAGCAAACAGUUGACAUAGAGAGGGUUGGGACUUGUGUGAAUUCGUAGAUUGAGAAAGCUUUAGAGAGAGGGAGAGGGAGAGGGAGAGAGUUGUUUCUCAUCCGAGGAUGUCUCUAACGUGUGUGAAAAUGUCGGAGGAUGUUUGGUUAACAUGUCUCACUCAUGCGUUGUCUACUGAGACCGAGGAGAUCAUGGGGCUUCUUCUCGGUGACAUUCAGCACUCCAAAAAUGGCAGUGUGACUGCACUAAUUUGGGGAGCAUUGCCACAACCACGUUCUGAUCGGCAGAAGGACCGAGUGGAGACUAAUCCUGAACAGUUGACUGCUGCUUCUGUGCAGGCUGAGAUAAUGACUUCAGCAACAGGAAGAACAACUAGAGUAAUUGGUUGGUACCAUUCACAUCCUCACAUCACCGUUCUUCCUUCCCAUGUUGAUGUGCGGACGCAAGCCAUGUAUCAACUUCUAGAUUCUGGGUUCAUUGGACUGAUAUUUUCAUGUUUUAGUGAAGAUGUGCAUAAGGUUGGAAGAAUCCAAGUUAUUGCUUUCCAGUCCUUGGAUGGCAAGCAGAAUCAUAUGUUGAGAGCACUUCCUCUCGCACCUGUAAAGAGAAGUGCAGUUAUAGAUCUUGAGUCAUCAUUGAGUUCCUCAGAAAAUGCACUCACAAGGUCUGGCUCUACAAGGACAGAAAGUCUUGAACAAGAUACUGGCGAUUCGAGAGCAACUGCUGGGGCUUUUAAGGGUGGUGGAAGAUCGUCAGAUUUGGGAGGUUUCUUUGCCAAUGCUGAUGCCAAUUAUCUAGGGGGACAGAGAGUGGGAGGAAACUACCUUGCUGACAACUUAGAAAACACCGUUGAUAUAGAUCCAAUGGAUAUGUCAGAAAGUAUGCAAGAAGCAAUGCAUCGUUCGAAUUUGGACAUGAGUGGUGCAGAGUUUGUCAGGAAGGAAAUCCCUCUUUAUGUCUUGCCAACCUUUUCUCUUCUCAAGCUCGAUUGCCCUUUGGCGUCAUUUACAGAUUUGCAACGUGUACUAUAUGAAGAGGAGCGGACAGCAUAUAACCAGGCCAUCUUACAGAAUAUGAGGGAUGGGAAUGUGCACCCGCUUACUUUCAUCCAUCACACAUCAACCUAUCAGGCUUCCAUGUGCAAGUUAAUGGAGUAUUGUUUAAGUCCUGCCAUAAAUGCUCUCCGGGAUCGUUUGAAAGAAAAUGAAAUUCGGCUAGUGAUGCUGACUGAUGAAGCCAAGAUUCUGGAGACCGAGGCCUUUAAAGGAACCGAAUCAAGUUUGGGUUCCCCUCGUAAUGUGCCAUCUCAUGGACUCCGUGGAAGUGCUUCAUUUGGUCACAGGGACAGGGACAGGGACUUGUAUAGUCCUGAAUCCCCCAAUACGAGAAAUGUUUCUGGUCCUGGUAGCCGUAGCAGAAAGGGGUCGUAGUCUGAUCCCCCAGUAAAACCCUCCCAAAGCAUUUUGUAAGCCCCUUCUGUCCUUUUCUGUCCCCCACCCCUUAACUACCUUGCAGAUCAGAUGUUGGUGCCAUUUUGAGAUUGUAUGAUCAGAAUAAUAUGCCUUUUCUGGUGAUUGUAAAUGAUGAUGGAAGUUCAGUUUUUAUAGAGAUUAUUAUGAAUCAAGAUUCGUGUUUCAGAUACA